AUGGCCUCAGAGAUCCACAUGCUGGAGCUCAUGUGCCUCAUUGAGAACACUGAGGAUCAGCUUGUCGUUAACCAGGAGGCCCUUGGGAUCCUGUCUGCCAUCAAGCAUUCAGUGGUGGUGGUGGCAAUUGUGGACCUCUACCACACAGGCAAAUCCCACUUGAUGAACUAGCUGGCUGGGAGGAAAACAGGGGAGUGCCACCAACACAGCUACUUUAAUCUGGACAUCACAGUGAGGUCUGAAACUAAUGGCAUCUGGAAGUGGUGGGUGCCUCACCCCACCAAGCCAAAAUCCACACCAUUGCUUCUGGACAUGGAGGGUAUAGGUGAUAUGGAAAGGGGUGACUCUAAGAAUGACUCUUGGAUCUCCCUGGCCAUGCUUCUAAGCAGCACCUUUGUCUACAACAGCAUGAGCACCAUCAACCACCAGGCCCUGGAGGCAGCCCGCUAUGUCACUGAACUGACGGAGCUGAUCAGGGCAAAAUCCACUUCAGGAUCUGAAGAAAUGGAUGACUCCUGUGAGUUCCUGAGUUUGUUUCCAGACUUUGUCUGGGCUGUUCAGGAUUUUGUUCUGGAGUUGAAGUUGGAUGGAUGCAUCAUCACAGCAGAUGAGUACCUGGAGAAUGCCCUGAAGCUAAUUCCAGGCAGAGGUCUCAAAGCUCAGCAUUCUAACAUGCCUAGGGAAUGCAUCAGGCAUUUCUUUCCAAAACAGAAGUGUUUUGUUUUUGAUCGACCUACAAAAGAAACAGAACUCUUAGUCCAUGUUGAGCAAAUGCCAGAAGACCAGUUGGAUCACAAUUUCCAAUUUCAGUCGAAAGCAUUCUGCUCUUACAUCUUCUCCAAUGCAAAAGCCAAGAUCUUCAAAGAGGGGAUCAUUGUCAAUGAAAACGGACUGGCAACUCUGGUGACGACCUAUGUGAAUUCCAUCAAUAGUGGAGCAGUUCCUUGUUUGGAGAAUGCAGUGACCACUCUGGCUGAGCGUGAGAACUCUGCAGCUGUGGAGAGGGCGGUUGACCACUACAAUAAGCAGAUGGCCCAGCGAGUGAGGCUUCCCACAGACACGCUCCAGGAGCUGCUGGAUGUGCACACAGCCUGUGAGAAGGAAGCCAUUGCUGUCUUCAUGGAGCACUCCUUCAAGGAUGAUAAUCAGCAGUUCCAGAAGAAGUUGGUGAUCACUUUAGAGAAAAGGAAGGAAACUUUCAUGCAACAGAACGAAGCAGAAUCUCUCCGUCUCUGCCAGGCUAAGCUGGAGAAGCUGGCAGAGCCCCUGAGGGAGAGCGUCUCACGUGGAGCUUUCUCUGUUCCUGGUGGGCACAGCCUCUACUUAGAAGCCAGGAAGAAGGUUGAGCAGGGCUAUGAGCAAGUGCCCAGGAAGGGAGUGAAGGCAAAUCAUGUCCUUCAGAGCUUCCUACAGUCACAGGUUACCAUAGAGGACUCCAUCUUACAGUCAGACAAAGCUCUCACUGAGGGACAGAAGGCCAUGGAAGCUGAGCGGGCUCAGAAGGAGGCGGCGGAGCAGGAGCAGGAGCUACUGAGACAGAAACAGGCGGAAAUGCAGCACGUGAUGGAAGUUCAAGAGAGAACCUACAAAGAAAACAUGGCCCAGCUGCAUGAGAAGAUGGAGACUGAGAGGAAGAACCUUCUGAGAGAGCAAGAGGAGAUGCUAGCACACAAGUUGAAGAUCCAAGAAGACAUGCUUAAAGAGGGAUUUAAAAGGAAAUGUGAAGCAAUGGAUUCAGAGAUAAGCCAACUACAAAGGGAGAUUCAAAAAAAUAAGGGUCAGAAUGACUCACUGGAUGCUAAACUCCGUGAAGGGUUUGGAAAUGUGUUACUUGCAGUAUUGCCUGGUGCUGGUAAGGUACUUAAUCUAGGGAUGAAAUUGCUACACAAUCGAAUGAUAAGGGCAAUGAUUCAUUAGAAAACUGUAAAUAUGGUAUCCUUAUUCCUGAGAAUUAUUUUUGAACUCUGUAUCAAUAUCAACUUUAUUUAUUAAGUUUCAAACACCAAGAACAUUGGUCACUCUCCACACUCUCUACACCAGUCCAGCCACAGACCCUUUGGUCUACAAUGGUGUCCUGCCUGCAAAAUAUGCUGGUGCAAUGUUGGCACAAAGUUUGUGGGAGUAACCAACCAAUAUCUGACUUGACUUAAGGUCCACUCCACAGCAUGAAACCCAUAACUGACACCGCUUGGGUGACUAAGAAUCAGAGGCUAGAUAGCCCAGGGAACCUACAGUAAAACCAAGUAUUACUAUUCUAUACCCUCCCAAAGGUAGCAAUAAAAUGACACCUAAUGACAUUCUGCUGUACUCAUAGAUCAGUACCUUGCUCAGCCAUCAUCAGAGAAGCUUCCUCCUGCAGCAGAUGGG